UAUGUCAAACAAGUCAGAAAACAACGAUGAAGACUUUGAUGAAGAGAGCUAUACCGGUACCAUUGAUGAUGAUGAUCUGAAUUCCAACACAGAAACUGAGGGAAAUUCUAAAGUCAAUGAGUUACAAAUUCUAUACAAUGCUACAUUGAUUCUUCGCCAAAAGGUCCAAGAUAUACCAAAACUGAAUCUUCCUUGGCCACCAUUGGCAUCUGAUUUGACAAUAGAUAAUGUGCAAAAAGUGGUUCCAUGUGAACUUUUUAAUGUAUUGGCUUGGACUUGUGGAUUCUCUUCAGAGCCAACUUUAAGCUUUGUUAGUGAUGUUCCAACUACUCUUGCAUGGGAUAAUGCGUUUGGCCAAGGCUAUAUUUAAGCGAAAUAUUUAACUUGUUUCUUGAUUGUGUGAGUUGUAUGUAUAUUUAUAUAUUCUCCGUCCUGUUUGAUACAGGUGGGUUUUUUACCUCACAAAUUUUUAUUGAAUUAAGAUGUUAAUAAGUAGAAUUAUACGUUAAAACGGUAUUUUGAAACAAUAGCCAAUAAAUUGAAGUGAUUUAGCAUAUGAGCAAGCAAAAUGUACAAUGUGUUUUAACAAUA